CUUCGUUAGCAAUAGACACGCGUUGUGUAAAGGCGGCUGAUAACGGUGAAAUCAACUAUCAGCAAUCAGUUUUGCGCGUUCACGACUAGUAAACUUUGUGUGUGCCAAGUUGAAACUAUUCAGAAUCGUUGAAAAGUGUUCAAACUUAACUGCAGCUGGCAGAUGAAUACUCAUGUAUUUUAAAUGGACUUAAUUCCUUUAAUUAAAGCGCUUUGGUGACAAGAAUUAAAACUCAACCGAAAGCAAAAUAUUAUAUAUGCAUAUCUAAAUUGGAAAAGUGUGCGGAAAAUUGUGCAAAUAAGGCAAAGCGAUACCGACACUCGGUGAGACGGCUCAGCAACACCAACCAAUGAACAACCGAUUGCGACCGUUUCGCGGUAAAUGCAAUUAAUUAAUUUACAACAAUUUAAUUUUGUGGCCUGCAGAAGCUUCAUCGUAGUCAGCGUAGCGCCACAAUCAUCAAUUCAACACAAUUGCAUUAAUUGAUUUUGAUUUAAUUUUCACGCGCACAUAGAUUAGGCGCAAUGGAUUAAGUAGACACCAAGCGAAAUCUGUUACACACAUACAUGCACACAUGCAUACAAUUGCUGUUUGAGUAGUAAAAGUGCGAGUGAGGACACCUGAGAUAGUGAUUUAUUGUAAGUGUUGCAGCUAAUUGCUAUAUUUAGCUAUAAUAUCCCACGAAUCACAGAGUGUACCUUACAACAUAUCAACACAUACGUAUGUAUGUAUAAUAAAGUAAACGGCGCGAAUACGAAAUUUGACGUGAACUCCACUAAAUCAACAAGUUUAGCCAGCUAAUAGAUCAAAAGAAAUUCGUUUACCACUAAGAAACCAUACCCAGGCAACUGUUCGAUAUUGACAUCACUGAUGUUAGACACAAACUUUUGCGCAAGCAGUGAAGUACUGAAUGAUUUUCAAGUAAACAUGGAGCACGCCACCUUUGACGACCAAAUAUUCAACGAUUUCUCAGGUCCACUUAGUCCUUUGGGGGCCAAGCCAUUAGCACCUUCUGCCACCGGAGUUGGCACGUCCGGACCACACGGUCUACAUCCCGUCAUGCUGGGCCUACCGCCAAACUCUGUACUACAACACAACGGUAGUGGCGAAAUGUGUAGCCAGCGCUUGCCCGACUGUAAUACGCUGCUGCCAGGCGGGUCGCCAAAAUUAGAUCCCUACAAAACGCCUGAUUAUGGUCAGAAACUAGAAUAUGGUUCAGUAAAUAAAAUGGGUUGCUACUCCCCGACUCAAAAGUAUGAAUACAUCACUGCCGUGCCACCCAAUGUCAAUAAUCAGCACAAGCUGGAUCAUCAUGCCGCACAUCCACAGCAAUACUCGGUCACACCACCACCACCGCCACCAACGAACGGUGGUGUCGCCAGUCCCAAUGGCUUGAUUCAUCACAAACAGUUGCACAAUCAUCACCAAGCCCCUAUGCUGGCUGACUACCAUUCCCACAUGUCGGCAAACAAUGGCAAACUUGACUACUCUCCAAACCCCGCUGCAGCAGCUGCUAAAUUGGAGUAUGAGCAGCACAUGCAACAGUUGUAUGGUUCCAGUCCACAUCAUACGCCACACGGGCAUGACGGCAGCGGCGGUGCGGUGGUGCUGAAUGGAAAUGAGUCUGCGCAGCAAGCAAAUGGCCUAAUCUCUGGCAACAUGGCGCAUAACGGCGCGGGCGAUGCUGUUCUAAUCAACACCAACAAUGGAGCAACAAGUGUAGUGGGCGUCACAAUGGCAGGCGCGACAGUAGCACAAGCUGGUAGUACAGGAAGUAAUGCCCAAUCGGGUAACAAUAACAAACAUAAGAAAACGGACGAGUUGUGUCAAAUGGGGUCCAUAAAUGGCAACGGUGGCGAUAUGAACUCAAAUGGUGGCGGCGGCAAUGGAGCCAAUGCUAACAGCGGCAGUGGUGGUGGUGCGAAUGGUCCGCAAUCAUCGACGCCACCAGCAAAGAACAAGAACGACAAGAAAAAGGGCGAUCCCAACGGCAUUAAGAAGAAGAAAACGCGAACCACUUUUACGGCCUAUCAGCUGGAAGAACUGGAGCGUGCAUUCGAACGUGCUCCCUAUCCGGAUGUAUUCGCACGUGAAGAACUCGCCAUUAAACUCAAUCUUAGCGAAUCGCGCGUACAAGUGUGGUUUCAGAACCGUCGUGCCAAGUGGCGCAAGCACGAGCCUCCACGCAAAACUGGCUAUAUUAAGACAAACACACCGCCCAACUCCUCAAUGAAUACCUCACUUGGACCACCGUUCGCUACCUUCCCACAAACGACCACUGUUACGCCGCCCGGCAGCAUGGACAGUUGGACAAGCUAUCAACCGCCCUACGAACUUAGUCCCCAAUUUAGCUUGCUGUCGCCGGCCGCCAGCCCAUAUGGCACAUACUCAAGCCAAUACGGCACUUACGUGCACGAAAGCCAACUGUUCCCAAUGCGUCACUUCGAGUAUGGCAGCCCGCCGCGAUUGGAAAUGGGCGGCCCUGGUACGGAUGAUGGCAGUGCGACGCACAAAAUGCACUCAGCCGACGGCGGUUAUGGCCCAUCUACAAUUGAUGAUGCCAAUGCGUCGGCGCAUAUGGGCGAUCACAAUGUCGUGGUAAUGCAUCAUCAGGUCACAAAUAAUGGUAAAUAUCUAACCAGUGAAGAGGCGAAAUAUGUGAGUGUGGGUGGUGUGCCGCACACAUUAAGUCCUUUGGAUCCACAUCACUCCAAUGGGGGCUGCCAUGUAGCUGACGCCCAGCCACACCCGCACGAUGGCAAUACAGUGAUGAAACAACACUACGGUACUAUUGUAGCAGGAGCAGUCGGCUCGCAAGGAGUGGAGGAUCCGAGCAAUGAUGGCACCACGUCUAGCCUACAAACUGUGAUCAAAAAUGAGGAGAAUGGCAGUGGACCAGGACAAGGCGCCAGUGUGACUCAUAGUUAUGUAUUGCCGCCUUUUUUGCACUAAAGGAAAUGCUCUCACAUCGGAAACAGCGACACGACCACCAGCAAUUCCAGACGCAGUGGCCCCUAUCGACAGCUGGAUUAUUUAGUCACGACAUUUUACGACGCAGACGUAUUCAACGCAAUACGGCUGGUGCCAUCGUCUCGAAGACCUGUUUUCAGCGGCCAUUGUGAUGCGAAUUAAGGCAAAUUACAUUCGAACGAGUUGAAACGGCUGCUGCUAAGGUGACCAGAAGAUUGGAGUGAAGAGCAUUUCAUAAUAGAUAUUUCAAAUUCAAUACAUUCGGUUCCUUUUUAUUUUUAAGAAUAUGUGCGAAGUUUGUAACUGUGUAGGAGAUAUGUACAUAUAAUAAAUGAAUAGUUGAAAAAUAUAUUAUACAUAAAAUA